AUGCAGCAUUCCGCGUCUCCGUGGGCUUCUCCUUUGGUUGUCAUCCCCAAGAAGGACGGAUUGGUUCGCAUCACCGUCAACUACAAGCGUCUCAACGCCCAGGUGGAUUUGGAUGGACAACCUCUCCCUCCAGUGGACGGUAUCUUGGAUUCGCUGUACACCAGGAAAGUGUUCUCCAUCUUCGACCUCAACUCGGCUUUCCACCAGAUCGUUUGCGAUGAAUACACUGUCCCGCUCACCGCCUUUUGCACUCCCACGCAGUUGUUCGAAUGGCUUCGAAUGCCGCAGGGAGCCAACGCAAGUCCGUCUUGGUUCAUCAAGGUCAUCAACAGAGUGGUGCACGGUCUGGAGCGUGCGCUUGCGUAUCUGGACGAGGUCAUCUGUUUCGAUGAGGAACCUCUGGGACACGUGCUCAACAUGAUAGGGUCCUUCAAACGGCUGCGACAGUACAAUCCCAAACUAUCUCCGGGGAAGGCUCGCGUCGGCGCCACACACGCCAACUUCCUCGGUCACACCAUCUCUCCGGCCGGUGUUAGCCCUGAUAGCGUCAAGGCUAGGGCGCUCACGCACAUGCCGCCGCCGAUGAAUGUUAAGCAGGUUCGCAGUCUUCUCGGUGGACUCAGUUACUACCGGAUAUUCCUCAAGAAUCUCGCCACCAAGGUCGAACUCGCUCGUCCCCCGAUUUUGGUCUUCCCGGAUUGGGCAGCGGUCGAGGACGACAGCCGUCCUCUCCGUUUGUGUUCCGACGCGUGUAUCGACGGCUUUGGCGCCUCCUUGGAACAAGAACAACUCGAUGGCUCGGUGAGACCCAUUGUGUACAUCAGCCGCGCUACUCUUCCUGCGGAGCGUAACUGGACCGUUCUGGAUUUGGAGGCUGGUGGCAUUGUUUGGGACAUCAAACGCCUUCGCGGUUAUCUGUGGUCGACCAAGUUCACCGCUUGUUCGGACCACAAAGCCUUGGAGAGCAUUGGCAAGGUUGGGGAACACAACGCUAGGGUGCAACGAUGGCUCGAAUUUCUAUCAAAAUUCACCCACCCUAUAAUAUCGGAAAGUUACAGCGGCGGAGUUUACGGCGAAAGGGACGGCUCACAUUUCGUCAACCAGUACAUGACCAAGUGGGGAUGUCCGACUACGUUAUUGUCGGACAACGGACUACAUUUCUGCUCGAAGCUUUCCGUGGCGAUCUACGAGGUGAUGAAGAUCAAGAAGGUCACCCCCAGCUCCUACCACCCACAGACUAACGGUGGCACGGAACGCGUCAACCACACGAUGGCCCAGAUGCUUGCGGUGGUCGUCAACGAACAGCAAAACGAUCGGGACGUACAUCUCCCGCACGUUGAGUUUGCCUACAACAAUUCCGUGAACCAGUCUACUGGAUUGGCGCCAAACGAGAUCCACAUCGGACGCAUCCCGCGACUUCCGCUUUCGGUCUUCGAUCAUCCCAAGGUAGGUGGUCAUCAAAGCUUGGCCCGCGAUCAACUCGAGUAUUGCAACCUGGCUGUCGAUCGCCAGCGCCGGGCCUACGAACUUGUCCGUGAGUACAACGCCCUGAAGAUUUCGCGAGUCGAACGUCGCAAUUCAUCCCUGCUGGACGCCAUUCACAAGCUCCCCCAAUUUACCGUUGGCGGGUGGGCUUGGGUGUACAACACGGCUGCUACAAUUCGACAGGGUGCGCAGCAGGACACGGACUACAGUUGCUCAAGGCUAAAUUCGCACUUUCCAGGACGGGCCCCUACAAAGUUCUUGCGGUGGGUCCCGCCUCCGCCGACGCCACUCCGGGCGGCCGCCCGUUGGCGCGUAAACUCCUCUACCUGGACCUGCCUUCCGAUCUUUCCGGCCCCGCAGCUCGUUGUCGCGUGUCUGUCCUUCGUUGCGAGCCCUGUCGCAAUCCGUAUGAGACGGACGACUUGCUGCAAUUUCUACCCGCCGAGCUUUCGCGUUGUGUUCUGCACUCUUUCGGAGAUAAAUGUCCACCUUUUCACGUCACCGCGGAUGAUGUGUCGGUGCCUGUUGGACACCUCGAGGUCGACUACAUCUCGGGACAUCAAGUUGUGCGGGGCCGUAGCGGCGUUCUCGCUGUCCUGUACCAGACGCAUUGGUUAG